UUCUUUUGGCGGGGUAGGGCUCGGCUCGGCCCGGCUCGGCGGGGCCUCAGCGGUUCCCGGGGCCGCCCCGGACCUUGCGCUCAAUGAGGCGGUACCGGCGUUCUCUCGCCCGCCCCGCCGGUCUUUGGCCCCGGGGCGCGGCACCCCUAGCCCCGUGGUGCGGCGGGGAAGAGACGAGCGGCCGUCCGCCCGGUGUGCGAAGCAGCAGGCAUGGCUGCCCCGCAGAUCACCGAAAGCACUGUCUCGGUGCAAGGACAGACCCUCUUCUACCGCCAAGCUGAGCCAGCCCAGCCACCGAAGCUGACAGUGCUGCUGCUGCACGGCAUCCGCUUCUCCUCUGAAACCUGGCUGCAAGUGGGGACACUCGCCACGCUGGCUGAGAAUGGCUACCGAGCCGUGGCCAUCGACCUGCCGGGGCUGGGGCGCUCAAAGGAUGCCGUGGCCCCAGCACCCGUGGGCCAGCCAGCACCGGCGGCGUUCCUGAAGGCGGUGUCAGAGGCUCUGUGCCUGGGUCCAGCUGUGGUGAUCAGCCCAUCGYUCAGUGGCAUGUACUCCCUGCCCUUCCUCUUAGAGCACAGCCAACUGUUCAAGGCCUAUGUACCUGUGGCACCCAUCUGCACUGACAAAUUCACGGCGGAGCAGUAUGCCCAGAUCAAAACCCCCACGUUGAUUGUGUACGGGGACCAGGACGUGGAGCUGGGGGAGACCAGCCUGAACAACCUACGGCACCUCCCUGAGCACCAGGUGCUGGUGCUGCAGGGUGCAGGGCACGCCUGCUACCUGGACAAGCCAAAUGAGUGGCACCGUGGACUCCUGGCCUUUCUGCAGCAGCUGAAAUGAGCAGGAUGGGACCACAGGGGAGGAGGAUGUCACCAGUCCACCCACCCCUCUGCCUGCACAUGCACUCUUGUGCCAACCCAGCUGUUCAGCUGUCACCCACACUGCACUGGCCCAUGCAGCACUCAUCUCUCUUGGGACCAAAUAAAACCCUAAGCUUUCCUGCUA